UUUUCAUUGCAGUUUGGAUUUUUAGAAAUAAUGCACGUACGCGUCAGAAUAUUUGGUAAACCCGACACCGUGGUCGCGGUUAACUCUAAGCUAACUAAAAUAGAACAAUUUCGACAUAUCAUAAAUGAAACGUUCAACAUAGACCCAAAAUCGCAACGGCUGUUAUACGGCGGCAAAUUGCUGGAUGAUGGAUACACAUUCCAUGAUUACAACAUUAAACUUAAUGAUGUCAUACAACUCAUGGUGUGCUCACAACCGGAGGCAGCUGCCGAGGUGAAACAAGAGGCUGAAACCAAAACUGAACCUAAAGAUGAGAUCAAGACCAAAGAGAUAAAUUAUAUAGAUGCUGAAAGCAUAAUUUAUCAAAUUGGAGAUUUAAUUGACAUGAAGGAUCGGGAACAAGGUGCCUGGUUUGAAGGUAAAGUAGUGAGGAUAGUACAGGAUCCUGACGCACCCGCGCCGGCGCCAGCCAAUGGCAAUACUACAAUCACUAACACUGCGGAGGAGGAAAGUGAUUUGGAAAAUAAUCCACCUAGUGACUCAGAAAACACGCCUCCGAGUGAUGCCGCUAAUAAUAACUUGGCAAAACCGAAGAAGAAAGGUAUUGCUGAUUAUUUCACAAAAACGCCAAAGAAGAAAGCUAGUGAGAAAGUAGCUAAGCCUAAAAGUCCAAGGGAUCAACCCACCGGUGGACAUUUGUUGUACAAAGUCCAGCUUGACGACGAUGACUCUGACACAUUCCACUACUGUAAGUUAAAGGAGAUAAGACCAAGAGCCAGAACACCCAUAGAAAUUAAAGACCUAAAAGUAGGACAAACAGUUAUGAUCAACCAUAACACAGAGAGCCCACUAGAAAAAGGAUAUUGGUAUGACUUUAAAGUAGAAGAGAUAAAGAAACUGCGUCUUACUCAUGAGCUCAUUGGCACUCUGUACCUGGGCCCCGAGGCGGUGCCACAGAAUGACACUAGGGCCCGGGUGCACGACAAGAUCUUUGCCAUCGAGGACAUGGUGCCCCUCGCUGAGAGAACUGAAGAGUACAAAGAGAUGAUGAUCACUCAACCUGAAAAACGUUCCAUGCCUCUGAACUGCUUGACGUGCCGUGAUAAUGAAAACGCGCGAUGCAAGGAUUGCGGAUGUUUCCUGUGUGCAGGAAAAGAAUUUCCUGAUAAAAUAGUGCUAUGCGACGAGUGCAACAAGGGUUUCCACAUGAUCUGCCUGGACCCGCCGCUGACGGAGCUGCCGGAGGACGACUGGUACUGCCCGGGCUGCAAGCGCGACUCCAACGCCGUGGUGGCGCCCGGCGCGGGCAAGCAGCGCAAGAAGGCGCCCGCUGCCACCACCACCAGGGACUGGGGCCGCGGCAUGGCCUGCGUCGGAAAGACCAAGACUUGCUCCAUGCCUGCUAAUCACUUUGGGCCCAUUCCUGGCAUUGAAGUCGGCAUGUGCUGGAGGUUCCGCAUACAGCUGUCGGAAUCUGGCGUGCACCGGCCGCCCGUGUCGGGCAUCCACGGCCGCGACGAGGAAGGCGCCUACAGCAUCGUACUCUCAGGCGGGUACGAGGACGAUGUGGAUCACGGGUAUGAGUUCACAUACACGGGCAGCGGCGGCCGCGACCUGUCGGGCAACAAGCGCACCGCCGGCCAGUCAUGCGACCAGACGCUCACUAGGGAGAACAAAGCGCUGGCGCGCAACUGCGCGGCGGGCCGCGUGUCGGAGGAGGGCGGCGACGCGGGCGAGGCGUGGCGCGCCGGCAAGCCCGUGCGCGUCGUGCGCUCCUACAAGAUGCUCAAGCACUUCCCCAAGUACGCGCCUAAGGAGGGCAUCAGAUACGACGGCAUCUACAAGGUGGUGAAGUACUACCCGGAGCGCGGGCUGGCUGGGUUCCGCGUGUGGAAGUACCUGCUGCGCCGCGACGACCCCGAGCCGGCGCCCUGGGAGCCGCACGCCAAGAAGUUUCCCGCCAUCUACCCAGAAGGCUACUUAGAGGCAGAAGCACUCAAGCUGGCACUAAAAGCUAAAAACGCUAAGAAGAACGGCAGAGGACAAAAAGGGAAGAAGCGCGCCGCUCGCGACAUGUCCGACUCCUCCGAGGAGGACGAGGCGCCUCCGAAGCGACGCAAGAACAACACUCCCGCGCAGAAGAAAAAGAGCCCGCCGCAGAAGAAAAAGAGCCCGGCGCAGAAGAAAAAGAGCCCCGUUCAGAAGAACAACAUACUAAAAUUCACUUCUCCGACGAAGAAAGCGGCGGUAGUGAGUGAGGCCAAUCCGCCAGUGAAGGUCGAGAGAGGGUUGAGCGACGAGGAGCGGCAGGCGAUCGCGGCCGACGAGCUCAACGCCAAGCUGUGGAGCGAGUGCCUCAUGGUGGUCGAGACCAGAGGGAAAAAGGAGUUCGUGGAGUACGUGAGCCAGAUGUUCCUGUGUAUCAUCUGCCAGGAGGUGGCCGCCGGCCCCGUCACCACGAAGUGCCUGCACAAUUUUUGCGGGGCAUGCCUGAAGUUAGCAUUCAAGUCGACGGGGGCUCGCACGUGCCCGUGCUGCCGCGCGGAGCUGGCCGCGGCGCCGCCGCACAACGAGCGGCUGGCCGCCGCGCUGCGCGCCGUCAUGCCUGGCUACGACGCCAGCCGGCACUAGCCUGCGCAUACCCUGAGUGCCCAGUACCAGGUACAGCCGGACUCUUAGAGGGAACCAGACCUCGAUUUUAAUUUCAAGUGAUAAUUUUGUUUUACUUGUAAAGUUGAUUUUAACUGUUACCGAUUACGCAAGACGUCUAUUAUUUAGUGAUUAUUAACCUUAAUUAAGAAAACGACUUGUUCUAUUUUAUUAGAACGUAAUUUUUCAUAUGUUGGUUUAUCGAAAAAUUAAACAUAAAAUCGGAAGAAUUUUGGUGCAAAAUUAUUUUAAGUAUUCAAAGUUAAUUUUAUAUUUCUAGCAUUUUUAAAUGUUUGACUCAAAUGAGACUGAUACCAGAAUGCAUAGUACAAAUUUCCAUCAUAAUGUAACAAACUGUAAAACCACCCAACUACUACUAUGGCCCAAAUAUUUUAAUUUUUCAAUUAGGUAUGUCUUUUACUAUAUUUAUUUGUAAAUUCUAAGGCAAAGUAUGUUUAUAAAGGGAAAGAAUGUUGUUGACAUAUAAUUGUCAUUACCACAAAAGUAAUGCUAUGAUUGUUCAAUGAC